AUGAAUUUGUUGCUUGCCAAGAGGCCAAAAGAGGGGUUCUUAUCCUCAUUUGCAGGUGCUGGACAGUCUCUCGGUGCUGGUGCUCUUCUCGUGAAUCCUUGGGAUGUCACACAAGUUUCUUCUGCCAUUAAAGAAGCUCUAAAUAUGCCCGCUGAAGAAAGGGAAGAGAGACAUAGGGUUAAUUUUGAUGAACUCAAUGACGCUUUCGAUGAAUCGGAGAAGCAAAUUAGGAAAAUCCCACAUGAACUUCCACAACAAGAUGUGAUACAACGAUAUUCGCAGUCUAACAGUAGACUGAUAAUCUUGGGUUUCUGUGGAACACUCACUGAGCCACUGAAUAAAGAAACUAAGGAAACGGAUCUUAAACUACUAAACCCAGAGCUAAAAGGAACACUGAAAGCAUUGUGCAAUGAUCCAAAAACAACAGUAGUUGUAUUGAGUACAAGUGGCAAAAACAUAUUAGAUAAAAAUUUUGGAGACUAUAAGAUAUGGCUGGCUGCGGAAACUGGAAUGUUCUUAAGGCAUACCACUGGAGAAUGGAAUGUUACAAAUAUCCCUGAAAACAUGAACCUCGACUGGAUCGAUGCUGCAAAGAAUGUUUUCAAGUACUUCACUGACCGAACUCCAAGAUCGUUCUUCGAAACACGCGAGACUUGGCUUGUGUGGAAUUACGAAUAUGCAGAUGCUGAAUUUGGGAGAGCACAAGCAAGAGACAUGUUGCAACACUUAUGUGCAGGACCAGUCUCUAAUGCAUCAGUUGAUGUUGUUCGGGGAGACCAUUCUGUUGAAGUCCAUGCCAUGGGUGAGACUAAGGGGGCAGCAAUUGGUCGUAUUUUGGGAGAAUUAGUGCAUAGAAAAUCUAUGAUUACACCGAUUGAUUUUGUCUUUUGUAGUGGUUACUUCUUGGAGAAGGACGAAGACAUUUACACAUUCUUCGAAUCAAAGAUCUCGCCUUCCAGGUUAUCUCAUGGAACUAGGUCGAGGUCUUGUUCAAGUAAUCACUCCCUAAAGAAGAAGAAGAAGAAGAAGAAGGUUUCACAGAACGUUCUUGACCUCAAGAAAGAGAAUUACUUCUCUGCAGCCAUUGGACAAGCUCGCACAAAAGCUCGCUACGUCAUUGACUCAUCUCACCAUGUUGUGGAUUUGCUCCACAUGCUCGCAGUUGCAGAUACAAAGACAACAACAACGGCUGGCUCAUUUUCGCAACGCAAACGCAAAUUGGAAACACUCCAAUGA